AUGGCGUCAUCAGCUUUCGUAUCUGAACUCAGGGUUGUGAUGUUUGGAAAAAGUAAGGAAGAACAGAUAACAUUAAGGAACAUCAUCACUGGAAGAGAAGAAUGUUCUCAUCAAAGUAUGUCCAAGCAAUUUGCGCAUUUCCACAAAGAUUGGAGAAAAAAACCCUUUACAGUAGUGAAAACACCAGAUGUCUUCAGCCUGCCUGUGAAUCAAGUGAAAUACGAGAUAAAGAAGUGUGUGGCCCAAUGCCCGCCUGGACCAAAUGUUCUGCUGCUCUUAGUAAAGCCCUCUGAUUUCAAUGAACAAGACAGACAAAAAUUUCAGUUCAUCAUGAGCCUCUUUGGAAAAGAUGCUUUUAAAUGCUUGAUGGUCAUCAUAACACAAAAUGACAGAGGGGGGAAUUCCUCAGUGAACCAACUCAUCCAAGACUGCAAACAAAGACAGCACAGAAUCAAUUUGGAAGAACAAUAUUUUCCUGACUAUGAUUUCCAAGAAUUGAUGAAAAAAAUGGAAAACAUAGUGAGUGAAAACAGGGGACAGCAUUUAACCUUUACUGAAGAGACUGAGCCCAUUGUAGCAUCUGAAAGUCCAAAACCCCGUCUAAACUUGGUAUUGUGCGGGAGACAUGGAGCCUUGAAGAAUUCAGCAGCUAAUUCCAUUCUGGGAGUAAGAAAGUUUGGUCCACCUGCUGACCCAUCAGAGUGUGUUAAAAAUGAGGAAGAAGUGUGUGGAUGGAGGGUUUCCCUGGUGAAGCUGCCUACCUUGCAUGGAAAACCUGGGGAGACAGCAAUGAGGGAAUCAUCCAAAUGCAUCUCUCUCUGUGAUCCCGAGGGUGUCCAUGCCUUUGUCCUGGUACUACCUUUAGAUCCCCCAAGUGAGGAAGACAAGAAAGAGAUAGAGACCAUCCGUAACACACUCAGCUCUAGAGUUAAUGAUUUCAUCAUGAUUCUGUUUACUGCAGAGGCAAAUCCUAACUUUUCCGUGGUAGUGAGGUUUCUACAGGAAAACAGAGACAUCCAGCAGCUCUUGCAGAGCUGUGGUGGACGAUAUGUUGUCUUUAACAUCAAGGACAAGCAGAAAGUCUCUGAGGUGUUACAUACUGUGGAAAAGAUGAGAGUUGUGGGAUGCAGAGGCUUCACAAGAGAUAUGUUUCCUAAGCCUCGAAUCCCAACACGUCUUACAAGACAUGCCUCUUUCAUUGAGAAGGAAGGGUAUCAGAAUAAAGACUUUCACAGGAUGAUGCAAAACAGACAGUCUGUCAGGAUGGAGCCAAGUAGACAGCCUGUCAGGAUGGUGCAGAGCAGACAGUGUCUCAGGGUGGUGCAGAGCAGACAGUGUCUCAGGAUGGUGCUCAUUGGGAAGACUGGUUGUGGAAAGAGUGCCACUGGAAACACUAUUUUGGGCAGAGAAUGUUUCAGUUCUAAAGCUUGUCAAAAAUCAGUGACUAGACGUUGCCAAAAAGAAGCGGCAGAUAUUGAUGGGCAGUCUGUGGUUGUGGUCGACACUCCCGGCUUGUUCGACACAGCUCUGUCCAGCAAGGAAGUUCAACAGGAGCUUAUGAAAUGCAUCAGCUUGUUAGCUCCUGGACCUCAUGCGUUCUUACUAGUGCUGCAGAUCGGACGCUUUACACAGGAGGAAAAAGACACCGUGGAGCUUCUCAAGACAUUUUUUGGCAAGAAGUCAGAAGACUUCAUCAUUGUAAUAUUCACCAGAGGAGAUGACCUUAAACAAGUGAGUAUUGACAGUUACAUAGAAGAAGACACAGAUGGCUUUGUCAAACAAUUGACAACUGAAUGUGGAGGAAGAUACCAGGUCUUCAAUAACAAUGAUCAGAAGAAUCGUUCUCAAGUGAGUCAGCUGCUGACCCAGGUUGAGUCAAUGGUGAGGAAAAAUGGCACUGGCUACUACACCUCAGAGAUGUUCAGAGAGGCAGAGGCAGCCAUACAGAAGAAAACAGAAAAUAUCAUGAAGGGGAAAGAACCAGAGAUACAGAGGGAGCAGAAGGAGCUUGAAAGAAAACAUCAAGUGCAAAAGAAAGAAAAAUUGACAGACUUAAUAACCAAAUUUGAACGAGACGAGACAGCCAACCUAGUUAAAGAAAAGGGACGCAUAGAGAAGGAAAAAGAAAAGAUGAAGAGAGAAAAAGAAAAGAGAGAAGAAGAGAAAAAAAACAAGAAAAGGCAGGAGGAAUUGAAACGACACGAGUGGGAACAAAAACUUGAAAAUGUGGACAAAAAAUUUAAAUAUGGAAUAGAAAAAAGGUCAACUGCUGACAGCAUUUUAUUAAAACAAAGUAGAGAAGACAUUAAAAAAGAACGAGAGGCUUGGGAGCAGGAAAGAAAGGAAUGGUGGGAGAAACGAUAUCGAGAAGAUCAACAGAGACGAGAGGAGGAGCAAACCAGACUUCAGAAGCUCCAGGAAGAAUAUCAACAAGAAUUUGAAAGAUACGAAAACCAAAGAAAAGAAGAUAGACUCAGAAGAGAACAGGAGGAAAAACAAUGGAAAGAAGAACAAGAAAACCUUAAGAAGGAACUGGAGGAAAUAAGGAGGAAAAAUGAAGAAGAGGCCAGAAGACAAGCAGAAGAAUGCAAUGAAUUCGUAGACAUAUAUACCAAUGACGUUUCAGAUGAGAUGGAAAGGUAUAUUAAGGAAACGGAGGAUAUGAAGCAGAGGCAACAAAAACAAAAUGACUGGAUAAUAGAACAUCUGAGCAGAAAUAAAGCAUACCAAAGGGACUUUGAGAAAUUGAAGAAAAAACAAGAACAAGAAAUGAGGCUAAAAUUGGCACAAUUAGACAACAAAGAAGAUGCGAACGAAGAAAUCAAUGAGCUAAUGAAAACACAUGAGGAGGAAAAAAAUCACUGGAUACAGGAACAUAUGAAAAAAGCCACAAAGGCCUGUUGCAUUUUAUGAGACGUUUAAUUUUUUGGCAUAGUUUUAGCUGCAAAACUAUGAACUUGUGAUUGUAAUAUGAUUUGUUUUUUUUUAAUGACUUGGUAUGUACUGUAUAGUUGAC